AAAUUUUAUAGUAAAAAGAAUAGAGCAGAGUCGAACAACGAUUAGAAGACAAUUAUCAUAAAGAUACUUUCGUUAUUUAGUCCUAGGACUUGCUGCCGUAGCCAAUGUGUAUAUGUAGGAAAACCAAAAGUAUUUUUUAUUUUCAUGUGAUCAUGAUUAAAAAAAGGUUAUUUCUCAAAAAAAGAAAGUUGACUCGUCUUGAAGCAAACUAAUGUGACGGUAAUAUUCUUACCCACGUCGGUAUGGUUAAAUGAUUGUUCUCUCCAGUUAUAAUCUUACUCGUGUCGAUAUAUAACAUAUACUAGGUAGUAACCCGCACUUUGCGCGGGAUGAAAUAUUUAUAUACUGUAAAUGUUAAAGUUAUAUAUUUUGUUUUGAUUAUGUAUAACAUAGUAUUUUCUAUUACAUUUAACCACAUAAUCGAUUAUUGAAUGUUAAAGAUAUAAUAUGUUUAAAAAAGCUAUGAUUUGAUACUCAAUAAUAGAAUUGAAACAUAAGUUUCUUUGGGUCAUAUGUGGGUUUGCGGUUUACACAAUUGAGUUUGGUGAUGCAAACUUUUUUUAUUUUCCAAAUUUCUCUUAAAAUAAAUGAAAAGAUCAUUUCUCGCAAAAAGAAAUUUGAUUCCUAUUGUAAAAAAAUGUAUCAAAUCUUUUUCCACUAAGCCUUCCUUUAGUUAAUCUCAAUUCAGUGAACAUAUCUGAGAACAAACGAACUCGUCUAUUCGUGAUAUUCUCCAAAGGUUGGCAAUUCAUUCUUGGGAAAGGCAAGACAUCAGAAAAGUAGACUGAUUCAUUUAUGAUUGUACUGAUUUGCCGAGUUUAUUCUGUCGGGAAUAUGUAAUCCAUCGACAUCUUGAAGAAUAUUAGAUGUUCGUGAUUAUCUUCAACAGAAAUCGAUUCCUUAAAUUGAAGGACACUGUCAUACGUGUUGUUUAGAGAAAAUGACUCGUGUUUGUGGUUGAGAAACUUCCAAAAGAAAGACCAUUGGGCAUGGAAGGGAAUAAGGGGAAACUCUAUAGAGCACGAUGUAGAUUGAAGAGGGGUGAUGCUGUUUUCAACAGAAUGGCUGAUAAAUGGAAAACAACAUCGCUGAAAAACAAUCGCUGAAAAACGGUCGGCCAAGAUACUGCUAGUUUGCUUGCCAAGAUCUGCUAGAGGUUACAUUAUUUGGACCUCUCGUGGUAUCGAAAACUCAAAGAAUAAGAUAUCAAGACGGAUCUUGAGAGUUUCUGCUCGGUACUUAGAUCGCUUAAGCUAUUUAGAUGGAAACAGGUAAUGGAUGAAAGACCUUUCAAAGAUCGUCGGAUUGAAAAUGACUUCAGUUUUUGCACAUCCUGAUGACUCUUACUCAAGUCAAGUGUAGAUGCCAAGUUAUUCUGAUGAUGUUUUCAAAAAAAAAAGAAAAAGACAAGUUUUGGCCAUGUACUAUCACUAAAGGCAUGAACCAUGUUUUAUUGUAAGACAAAAUCAUCUCCAUACUUCAUAGUAAAGAAGCUAGUAAUAAGAUUAACAGUCGCUACAGUGUCUUAUAGGCUUUAACUUUAUUACAAAAAGAUAGUACUAAAAGGAAGAAGAAGAAAAGAGAAAAAUGGCAUAUGAUUCUACGGAAUAUUUUUUUAUCAAUGUGUGGCCGCCAUUAGAAACAAAAGAUUCCUCUGAACCAGAGGAAAAUCUCUCCUCUCCUUCUCUGUAAAUUGUUAACCGCUUCUGGACACUAUCCUGCAACUUGUGUAGAGAUUCUCCCCAGGAAACAAACCCUUUCUCUUUCAACAAGAUUAAACACCAAGCAAGGAUUGUAAAGAAGUUACCAGUUCGUAUCUUGAUUUUUCUACCAGUUAUUUUUUUUGUUUCUGGCAUGGAAACAGGAUCAUCCAGGUUUACUUCGUCCAGAAAGUUUCUGGCCAUAAGCUUGUCUGUGCUAGCCGUGCUCUCGCCUCUCUACAUAGACAGCUUAUCAGAGGAAGAUGAAGAACCGGAAGAAGAACUCUUCGGUUUCAUGUUUUCACUUCCGGUGCUCCUCCUCUUCUUGGUUUUGGCCAUUGCUUUGUCCUUGUACUGUGACCAGAGCUUAACCAGGUUUGAUCCUUACUGGAUUCACAGGCUUUGUGGUUCGUUUGGUGGGUUGCUUGUCAUUCUCAUCCUUCUUGUUUUCGUCUUGAAAUGCAAAGCAUCUCCUUAGACCCUUUUAUGAAAGUUGUUAAUGAAAGAUCAACAAAGCUUAUGUUUUGUC